AUGGAAGUUGACACAAAUCCUGUUUCAGUACUCGUCAGAGAGUUAUGGGGCUUGGCCAGCAAACCUUUGGGUUACAUUUAUAAUCUUAAAGAUUAUGUCGACUCUCUGAAGAACGCAACUGAAGACCUGAAGGCCGUGAAUGAAGAUGUGAAGGCAAAGGUGGAACGUGAAGAAGAAGAAGCACAUGCGCAGCGCACGAAACAAGUGGCGAUCUGGCUAGGCAAGGUGCAAGAAUUUGUCGGUGGAGUAGAUCAAGUUCUUCGGGAAGCCGGGGAACGCAACCGAAUCAAAUCUCUCCAUCGUUUUCUUCCACGGAACUGCCGGUCGAGCUAUAAAUUGGGGAAAAGAGUCGAUCGAUUGCUCAAUGAAGUGAGACAGCUCCAACAUGAGGAAGGAGAAUUUAACGUUGUGACGUUGCCGUCGGUUUUUUCGAUCGUGGGGCUUGAUAUUUCCCUUAAUAAAGUAUUAAGAUGGCUUGUACACAAAAAUCAAGUAAGAGUGAUUGGGUUGUAUGGAACAGGCGGUGUUGGAAAGACCACCCUCAUGAAAAUGAUCAACGACGAACUUUCCCGCGCAAAUCAUGGAUUCGAUAUCGUUAUUUGGGUGGUGCUGUCCAAGCGAGUGAAUGAAGAUAAAAUUCAAGAUGUCAUAUGGAAAAGGCUGCACAUUCAAGAUGAGAGAUGGGAUCAAUGGUCCCACGAUGAGAGGGUCCAUCAUCUGUUCAAAGAUUUGAUCCGGAAGAAGUUUGUGUUGUUGAUUGAUGAUGUAUGGUGCAGGCUGGACCUUUCAAAGAUAGGAGUUCCUCAUCCUAGUCUUGAGAACGGAUCCAAAGUAGUGUUCACAAUUCGGUUGAAGCGUGUUUGCGACCAAAUGGGAGCCGACAAAAUGUUUGAAGUACACUGCUUGGGGCCUGAAGAAGCCCUGGAAUUAUUUGAGAACAUCGUCGGCAAAUCAACUAUGCAAUUUCAUCCAAAAAUUCCAGAGCUCGCAAAGGACAUUGUCCAAGAGUGCAAUGGGUUGCCACUAGCCCGUAUUACCGUCGGGCGAGCCAUGGCCGGCAAAAUGAAUCCCUAUGAGUGGAUGCAUGCGCAAACAAGGCUUAGUAACAAUCCGUACAAGCUGUCAGGUAUGGUGGAGGAAGUGUAUCACAUACUAGAGUUCAGUUGUAAUAGCUUGAAUGACUCUACCCUUCAGCUUUGUUUCCUUUACUGUUGUCUCUUACCUGAGGAUUACCCCAUAAUAACGGAUGAGCUUAUUGAACUCUGGAUUGGAGAAGGCUUGCUAGGAGGCACCGAUGAGGUAUACCGUAUACGGGACAAGGGAGAGUCUAUCCUAGGGGAUUUAAAAAGGGCUUGUCUAUUGGAAAGUGGGCUUAAUUCAUAUGGACAACAGUAUGUAAAGAUGCACGACGUCAUCCGCAACAUGGCAACUUGGAUCGCUUGUGAUCGUGGGCAAAGGAACAACAAGUUGCUAGUGAUUGAGACAGAAAAAGACAUGUCCGCGGAGAUGAUCUCCAAAUGGGGGGAUGCGGAGAAAGUAUCUCUAUGGGGAGGAUGGAUUCAGAAUAUCGACCGAACACCACCCCAGUGUUCCCAGCUCCAAACUUUGUUUGUAAGGAAAACUUAUGUGAGGUUCAUGCCAAGAGGAUUUUUCGACUCGAUGACGGUUCGUUUGACGGUCCUUGACCUGUCCGACAAUAGAAAUAUUAAGUUAUUCCCCGAAGGGAUUUGCAAUCUAAUUAAUCUAAGGUACUUGAAUCUGUCGGCCACCGGUAUUAGGGAGUUGCCCAAGGAAAUUAUGAACUUGACUCGGUUAUUGUGGUUGCUACUAGACGAUACAACUGCAAGCUUCUUAAUUCCGACAGGGGCAAUCGCAAGCUUGCCGUUGAACGUGUUUAGCUAGUGGAAACCAAGUCAGGCAAACGAAGAGGAUAUCAUAGAGGAACUAGGGCACAUGCAACACCUCACCAACUUAUCUAUCACUGUGUCUAAGUGUGCCCUGAAAAUAUUCCAAUCCCCGAAUCUACAAAGUGGCAUAAGGAGAGCACGGAUCAUUGAUAGCCAAAAGGACUUGACCCGCAUUGUAAUAAGAUACUCACGAACAGACAGCGGCCGUUUCUUGCAUUUAGAGGAGUUUUAUCUACAGAGCUGUGAUGUACUCAGGGAGAUGGAGAUUACUCAAGGAAUAGGACAAGCGCCCAUCUACUCUUGCUUCCCCAGACUAGUUAUCAUUUGGAUCGAACGGUGCGGGCUUUUGGACUUGUCCUGGCUCAAGCAUGCUCCAAACCUCCGGGAGCUGACGGUCACGAAAUGCAAUUUGAUGAAGAAGGUCAUUGGCGAUGGAUUUGCAGUGGAGGAAUUAGGUACUUCAGGACUAUUCUCACGUCUCGAAACCCUGAAAAUCAGCUAUCUUCCAAGCCUAACCAGCAUUUAUGACCAGACUCUACCUUUUCCUCGUCUGGUAAUACUCAGCAUAAGUAGGUGCCCUCGUCUCAGAAAGUUGCCGUUGGUCUCAAGUAGUGCGCAACAAAGGUUACACAUGAUCAAUGCAGACGCCGACUGGUGGGCCAAGUUGGAGUGGGAUGACGAUGGCGCCCAGAAAAAUUUCAACACAAAGUUCAUUAGUAGGCCUGAUCCACCACCUAUAGAAAAUACUAUGCAAAUUGAUAUUCCCAAGCUUUAUGAAGUGUGGAAAUGGCUCGUGGACGAAAAACAAGUAGGAAUGAUUGGGUUGUAUGGAAUAGGCGGUGUGGGAAAGACUCCCCUCAUUACAAGGAUCAACAAGGAGCUUUCUUGUGCAAAUCAUGGAUUUGAUGUCGUUAUUUGGGUGGUGGUGUCUAGGCAAGUGAACGAAUAUAGGAGAUGGUCUUGGGAUGAGAGGGUCCAUCAUCUACAGGAAGAUUUGACCUGGAAGAAGUUUGUGUUGUUGAUUGAUGAUUUAUGGGGGAGGCUGGACCUUUCGAAAAUUGGAGUUCCUCGUCCUAGUCUAGAGAAUGGAUCCAAAGUAGUAUUCACAAGUCGGUUAAAGCAAGUAUGUGACCAAAUGGAAGCCGACAAAACCUUCAAAGUACAAUGCUUGACGCCCGAAGAAGCCCGGGGAUUAUUUGAAAACAUAGUUGACAAAUCGACGGUUCAUUCUCAUCCAGAAAUUCCAAGGCUCGCAAAGGAUAUUGUCCGAGAGUGUAAAGGAUUGCCACUGACCCUUGUUACAGUCGGGCAAGUCAUGGCCGGCAUGACAAAUCCCCAUCAGUGGAAGCAUGUGCUAACAACGCUCAGGAACAGUCCGCACAAGUUGUUAGGUAUGGUGGAGGAAUGUUACCGCAUACUAGAGCUAAGUUAUAUUAGCUUGAAUGACUCUACCCUUCAGCAUUGCUUCCUUUACUGUUGUCUGUUCCCUGAGGAUUACCCCAUUAGAACGCACAAGCUUAUUGAACUCUGGAUUGGAGAGGGCUUGCUAGGAGACACCAAUGACGUAUACAGUUUGCGGGAUAAGGGAGAGUGUGUCUUGCGAAAUUUAAAGAUGGCUUGUCUAUUGGAAAGUCAGAUUGACUUAAAUGGAGAGCAUGUAAAGAUGCACGGUGUCAUCCGCAACAUGGCGACUUGGAUUGCUCGAGACCAUGGGCAAAGGGAGAACAAGUUGCUAGUGAUAGAUAAUGAAGAAGACAUAUCCGUGGAGAUGAUCUCAAAAUGGGGGGAAGCGGAAAAAGUAUCUCGUUGGGGAAGAUGGAAUGGGAAUAUGAAAACACCACCACCAGGUUGUUCCCAGCUCAAAACUUUGUUUGUGAGGGAAACUAAAGUGACGUGCUUGCCAAGAGGAUUUUUUGACUCAAUGACAGCUCGUUUGACGGUCCUGGACCUGUCUCGCAAUGAACAUAUACAGUUAUUCCCGAAAGGAAUUUGUAAUUUGAUUAGUCUACAGUAUUUGAACCUGUCAGGCACUCGUAUCCGUGAGUUGCCUAGGGAAAUCAAGAACUUGACUCGUUUACAAUGGUUGCUAUUAGAUGAUACACACGUGUGCUUCCUAAUUCCGAUAGGGGCAAUCGCAAGUUUGCCGUUGAUUAUGUUCAGCCAGUGGAAGUGGAUUCCAAAUUGGAGUGAGAUCAUAAAGGAACUUGGGUGCAUGCAACAUCUGACCGACUUAUCUAUUAAUAUGUUCGAGUCUUCCUCUGCCCUAAAAAUAUUCCAAUCCCCAAAUUUACGAAAAAGUAUAAGGAGAGCGCGUAUCAUUGAUCUCAAGAUGGACUUGACCGGCAUCGAAAUAAGUUACUCACCAACAGACAGCGGCAUUUUCUCGCAUUUAGAGGAGCUUUAUCUACAGAGUUGCCCUGUGCUCAAGGCGAUGGAGAUUGCUCAAGGAAUAGAACGAGUGCUCAACUGCUCUUGCUUCCCCAGACUCAUUAUCGUUUGGGUUGAAAGUUGCAGGCUUUCAAACUUGUCCUGGCUCGUGCACGCUCCGAAACUCCGAGAACUAACUGUCGUGAAUUGCGAUUCGAUGGAGAAGAUCAUUGGCGAUGGAUUUGCACAGGAGGAAUUACCUGCUUCAGGACUAUUCUCACGUCUUGAAACCCUACGAAUCAGCAAUCUUCCAACCCUAACGAGCAUUUGUGACCAGACUCUACCUUUUCCUCGGUUGGAACAACUCUACAUAGUAGCGUGCCCUGAUCUUAGAAAGUUGCCGUUGCACUCGAACAGCGCGUGGGGAAGCUUGCGCUCUGUCCAUGCGGACACCGAUUGGUGGUCCAGGUUGGAGUGGGACGACGAUGCCACCCGCGCCAUUUUCACCGCCAUGUUGUGUACGUUAUCAGGUUAUUUUACAUUCCCUUCGUUCGACUGA